UGGAAUAAACUUAUAAAGUGAACCAGUUGGACUCGUUAGGGCCGUGCUGGUAUAUAUAAUUAUCGUGUUUACGAAGCAUGGCUUCUAAGUUUAAAAGUGGGAAAUAUGGACCUUUAGUCGGGGCUAUUGACCAAGGGACAAGUAGUACACGUUUCUUGAUUUUUGCAAGCAAAACAGCUGAAUUGAUCACUUAUCACCAGAUUCCAGUGAAGAGUGUUUAUCCAUAUGAAGGGUGGGUGGAACAGGAUCCUAAACAUAUCUUUAAUACAGUAGAGCAGUGCAUCAGUAAAGUUGUAACAAACUUGGAUACUUUGGAAAUUGAUCCUAGUGAUAUCAAAGCUGUUGGAGUUAGCAAUCAGAGAGAAACUACAAUUGUAUGGGACAAAUACACUGGAGAGCCAUUAUAUAAUGCAAUAGUAUGGCUAGAUAAUAGAACAGAAGGAACUGUUGAAAGGCUGACAGCCAAAACACCUAAUAAGAACAAAGAAUAUCUUAAGGGAAAAUGUGGCUUACCAUUGUCAACCUAUUUUAGUGCUGUUAAACUAAGAUGGUUGUUUGAACAUGUUCCUGAAGUGACACAAGCUGUUGAAGAGGAACGAUGUUUGUUUGGGACAGUGGACUCUUGGAUAAUUUGGAACUUGACAGGUGGAAAAAAUGGAGGUAUUCAUGUAACUGAUGUGACCAAUGCAAGUCGUACUAUGCUCAUGAAUAUUGAGAACCUUUCAUGGGAUCCUGAGCUCUGCAGUUUCUUACAGAUCCCUGCUAGCAUAUUGCCUGAAAUUCGCAGUUCUUCAGAAAUUUAUGGGACUAUAGCUGUAGGGUCGUUGGAAGGAGUUCCAAUAUCAGGGGCUCUUGGGGAUCAGAGUGCUGCCAUGGUUGGCCAGAUGUGUUUUGAUUUUGGAAAAGCUAAAAACACUUAUGGUACAGGGAGUUUUCUUCUUUACAACACAGGAAAACAGAUAGUUUGGUCACAACAUGGCCUGUUAACAACCGUUGCUUACAAACUAGGGCCAAAUAAACCCACAUAUUAUGCUCUAGAGGGCUCUGUUGCUGUCGCAGGAGCAUGUGUAACAUGGCUUCAUAACAACUUGGGAAUUUUAAAUUCCAGUGGUGACAUUGAAAAACUAGCUCAGACUGUAAGUGAAACUAGUGGAAUGUAUUUUGUACCUGCAUUUUCUGGACUCUAUGCACCUUACUGGCAGUCCGAUGCUAGAGGUAUUAUGAUAGGCCUCACUCACUUCACAACCAAAGCUCACAUUGCCAGAGCAACUUUAGAAGCUGUUUGCUUCCAGACAAAAGAGAUAAUUGAUGCCAUGGAUAUGGACUGUGGUGUUCCCUUAAAGCAGCUACAGGUGGAUGGAGGAAUGACCGAGAACAAUCUUCUUAUGCAGAUUCAGGCAGAUUUGUUAGGUAUUCCUGUUGUUCGAUCUUGCAUGCCAGAAACCACAGCAUUAGGGGCAGCCAUGGCAGCAGGAGUAGCAGAUGGUGUUAACGUCUGGAGUUUGGAACCGGAGGAUUUGUCUGCCAUUGCCACUGACAUUUUCUACCCAACUAUAGUUGAAGAAGGAAUAAUGGACUAUUGUCCUAUAACAGGAAUAUGUCAACGUGAGGAGAGAUAUCAAAGAUGGAAAGAAGCUGUUAAACGAAGUAUGGGAUGGGCAAGUGUUGAAAUAAAGGCUAAUGGUUUCCGAAACAGAUUACUGGGAAGUUUACCAGGUGGUCUUUACUGUUUCACUUCAUUUGCCUUACUAUUGUUGGCCCGUCUCCUUAAAGGAACAACAUGAAGAAUGAUAAGACUUUACUUUCCAAAAGCAGUUUUACAACUAUGUAGCACCAUUUAUCAUUGAAAAAUUUGUUGAUAACUUUUGAUAAAAGUGAUUGCCAAAACAUAAACACAGGUGUAUCUUUUGGUGAAUCAAAAGUCAUAUAAUGAAAUCCAGUUGUGUGAAAAUACUUAAAAUAUAUAUAUCAAAGACAAAAAAGUUAGCAGUUUGAGGGAGUAAAUAUUUAAAUAAAACUUGUUGCUGCCAUUGUUUUAGCAAUAAAAAUUAUCAAUAAUAUAACAUGACAAAUGCUAGAGAAGAACUGUAGUAUAUUAAUUAAUAUCUCUGAAUAUUAAUGCUAAUGGCAUUCUAGAAAAUAUGAUACUGUAAUAAUUGUACGAGUUGUUGGAACAUGUUUGAAAGUUCUUAGGAAACUUUAGAAAGUUGUGUUGUUGAAGAUGUGCAUAAUAUUAUUCCAACUUCAGAGGUUGUAUAAGGGUACUCCAAAAUUAACUUCAUUUUCCAUGCAACCUUCUUUAUAUUCACUAAAAUAUUGUAAAAAGAGUACAAUUGUCAUUGUUCAGAAACAAGAGUUCAAAAACUGUAUCUGUUGAGAUUGUUUAAAGUUUGUAUACUUUAGAAACAAGAGCUCAAAACACUGUGAUUCAAUUGAGAUUGUUUUGUUUACUGUAGGAACAGGAGUUCAAAAGCACUGUGUAAUUCAAUUGAGAUUAGUUGGGUAUGGAUUCUCUCUCUCUGGUACUUAUUCUUGUAUAUGUAGUUCUCAUUGAUAACCAACCCUCUGCAGUCUAAGUAUCAUUUCUUGUUUAAUAUAAUUCAAAGAUCAGUCAUUAAAGAAAAGAAAUAUGAAAAAGUGUGAAAUUAUUUUUGGAUAAUUCUGUUAAAUUAUCUAGAAUGGUGCUUUAUUAAACAAAACUUGAUUUUUUUUUCUUGAAUGUAAAGUGUUUUUUCUAGGUAGCUUAGAAAAACCUGAAUGUAUAGGUUUUGAACAUGCAAUAUGGUAUAUAUUAAUGUGAUAUAAACAGUAUGCAACUACAUGAUUUUUAAUACUAUUUUUUGUUUUUUAUAGAAAAUAAAAAUCUGAUUGAACUGUU